AUGGCUUCUUCCAAUUCAUCCUCCGACUUUGGUGGAAACACCUUCAACCCAGAGAACGUCAAUCUGACCUCUGCUGACCCUCGAGAUGUCAUCUGCGCCCUCGCAGAGUCGGGGAAUGACUACAAUGGCCAACUUGGAGCCAGGAUCUCGGCGCUGUUCGUCAUCCUCAUCGUCUCGUCCGCCGCGACGUUCUUCCCCGUCAUCGCAAAGAGGAUGCCACGGCUGCAUAUCCCGCUCUAUGUCUACCUGUUUGCACGGUACUUCGGCGCCGGAGUUAUCGUCGCCACGGCCUUCAUCCAUCUCCUUGACCCGGCAUAUGGCGAGAUUGGCCCCCAAACUUGUGUGGGCAUGACAGGCGGCUGGGCGGAUUAUUCGUGGUGCCCGGCCAUUGUCCUCACGUCGGUGAUCUUCAUCUUCCUCUUCGACUUCGGCGCCGAACGGUACGUGGAGGUCAAGUACGGUAUCGACAGUGAAGCCGACCUGCAAGAAGCGGUGACGGGGUACACGGACCGCGUGCCCACCGAGGCACAACGGGAUCGCGCCACGAGCAUCGCGUCGAUCCGGCGCGAACACGACGAGCGGCGGAAGUCGUCGGCGUACGAGAAGCGAUUCGCCGAGGACUUCGGGGGGGAAGAGGACGACGACGAGCUGCGCAAGAACUCGUUCCGGCAGCAGAUUGCAGCGUUCCUGAUCCUGGAAUUCGGCGUCAUCUUCCACUCGGUGGUCAUCGGGCUCAACCUGGGCGUCGUGGGUGACGAGUUCAGCACGCUGUACCCGGUGCUGGUCUUCCACCAGUCCUUCGAGGGGCUGGGGAUCGGCGCGCGAAUGUCUGCCAUCCCCUUCAAGUCGGACAGCUGGCUGCCGUGGGCGCUCUGCGCGGCCUACGGGCUGACCACGCCCAUCGCCAUCGCCAUCGGUCUCGGCGUGCGCACCACGUACAACCCCAACUCGUUCACGGCCAACGUGGUCAGCGGCGUGCUGGACUCCAUGUCGGCCGGCAUCUUGAUCUACACGGGGCUGGUCGAGUUGCUGGCCCGGGACUUCCUGUUCAACCCGCUGCGGACGAAAGACAACAAGAGACUGACGUUCAUGGUCGUGUGCGUGUUGCUGGGUACCGGUCUGAUGGCCUUGCUUGGAAAAUGGGCUUGA